AGAAGCGAAGCAUUCGUCGAUCCAACACGGGUCUCCGUCUCUGAUUGGAUCUAGAGAGAGAAACAAAAACAAUGGCGGGCGUCUCUCUGAAGUGCGGCGAAUGUGGGACCCUCCUGAAAUCGGUAGAAGAAGCUCAAGAACACGCCGAGCUCACCGCUCACUCUAACUUCUCUGAAUCCACCGAAGCCGUCCUCAAUCUCAUCUGCACCUCCUGCCGCAAACCCUGCCGCUCCAAAACCGAGAGCGAUUUGCACACAAAGAGGACUGGGCAUACUGAAUUUGUGGACAAGACAUCGGAGGCAGCGAAGCCGAUAAGUUUGGAGGUUUCCAAGGAUACGGAGGGCGAUGUGGAGAUGAAGGAGGCUGGUGAUGAGAGUAGUAGUAGCCAAUCGGAAGAAAUGGUUGUUCCAGAAGUCGAUCAGAAUCUGGUUGGGGAACUUGAAGCAAUGGGAUUCCCGAGGGAAAGGGCCACCCGGGCACUUUAUUAUUCUGGUAACAAUAGCCUAGAGGCUGCUGUGAAUUGGGUGGUUGAACAUGAGAAUGACCCAGACAUAGAUAAGAUGCUGUUGGUACCUGCUAACACCAAAGUUGAGGAUCCUAAAACUUCUCUUACACCUGAGGAAAUGAAGAUCAAAGCACAAGAACUGAGGGAGCGAGCUCGCAAGAAGAAGGAAGAGGAAGAGAAGAGAAUGGAAAGAGAAAGAGAGAAGGAGAGAAUUCGAGUGGGUAAGGAACUUCUUGAAGCAAAGCGAAUGGAGGAAGAAAAUGAAAGAAAACGUAUAUUAGCAUUGCGAAAGGCUGAGAAAGAAGAAGAGAGAAGAGCCAGGGAAAAAAUCCGACAGAAAUUGGAAGAAGAUAAGGCAGAAAGAAGGCGGAAGCUUGGAUUACCGCCAGAAGAUCCUGCUGCUGUAAAACCACCUGCACCUGUUGUGGAGGAAAAGAAGAUUUCAUUGCCUAUUCGGCCUGCUACAAAGACAGAGCAAAUGAGAGAGUGUCUUCGAUCUCUCAAACAGAAUAAUAAGGAUAAUGAUGCCAAAGUGAAGGCGGCAUUUAAUACUCUUCUAACUUAUGCAAAGAAUGUUGCGAAGAAUCCUGAUGAGGAGAAAUUCCGGAAAAUUCGGCUCAGUAAUGCUACCUUUCAGGCUAGGGUUGGUGCACUGAAAGGAGGCAUUGAAUUUCUUGAGCUGUGUGGGUUUGAGAAAAUCGAAGGGGGUGAGUUCUUGUUUCUUCCUCGGGACAAAGUUGACAUGGAAGUGCUGAACUCAGCUGGGAGUGAGUUGAACAAUGCAAUAAACAAUCCCUUCUUUGGAGUUCUCUGAUCCCUCCCUAUUCCCUUACUUAUGUUACUCUGUAAAAGUCAUGUUAUUUAUAUUUUAUUCUAUUUUAGUUUUGAUAAAAUCCAAAAUUGCUGACUUCUUGUGUUGGCUAUGAAAAAUUAGGGAUGUGUGACUUGGUACAUGAAUUGGUUGAUGAACCAUCACUAAUUGAAGCAAGGUUUUUCUUA